AUAAGCCUCCUAUUUAAAAAGAUACAUUUUGUUGGUUCGAAUAGCUUGGAAUCAGCAGGUACCCCGAAAGACCCUUGCGUCGUGUCACCGUCCUGUUAACCCCUACUUCUUUUUUUUGCGUCGUUCUGAGGCAUCCUCACCCUACUUCCUCCUUCGCCAUGGCCACCCCCAAGAAUGUUGUCUUUGACGUCGUCGGCACGCUCGUCACAUACGAGCACCUCUUCGAGGCCAUCGACGAACGUCUUGGCGAGAAGCUCCGGGCCCGGGGCAUCCAGCCCAAGCUUCUCGGCUGCUGCUGGCUCGAGGUGGCCGAGCGCGAGUACACCUAUCUCUCCAUGUCCGGCCGCUACGUCGUCUUCUACAAGGUCUUCUCGUCCCUGUUUUACCGGUGCCUGCACUACGCCGGCGUCGAGGAGCCGCGGGCGUUCGCGAGCGAUGAGGAUGUGGACUACCUGAUUGGCGAGUGGAAGAAGCUGCAGCUGCGCGAGGGGGCCGCCGAGUGCAUCGGCAAGCUCCGCGACGCCGGCUUCACCGUCUGGUGCUUCACGGCCGGGGACAUUGCCCGCGUGGGAGGCUACUUUUCCCGGGGAGGGGUCGACAUGCCCGUCGAGAACCUGCUCUCGUGCGACUCGGCUGGGCUGGCGAAGCCGACCCCAGAGGCGUACACCCCUAUCCUGAAGAGGCUAUCCGCCGGCGGGAGUACACCCUGGUUUGCGGCAGCGCAUCUGUGGGAUGCGUCAACGGCAAAGACAGUGGGAUUCAAGGCGGCAUACUGCUCCGCCCUGGAGGGAGAGGCGUUACCUGACAUCUUUGGAGAGAUGGAUGUUGUGGCAGAAACACUACCCGCUAUGGCAGACAGAAUCAUUGCUACCUUUUGAACGAGAACAGUUUUAAGCUUAUUUCAUAAUGGCUGCGGAGCAUCGCGGGAAAGGUCUUUGCUUGUGUAGUGGUUCAGGUUAUCAUCAGCACUUAAUAUUACUCAGGUCGGCGGUUCUCUUACUUUCACAUCACAUUUAGUUAUAUGGCCGCGACAAUCAGUUGACCUUUCAGAAGGUAUGAAGACGCCUCAGAAGUCAGAGUUGGUCAGCACCUCAUUCGAUGCCAUCAUCAGGUGGUGGUAGAUUUCAUCCAGCCGCCUGAACAGUCUAGACUCGGAUUACGGCUUCGCAUGUAUCCACCAGUAGUACGUCGUCAGUAGAAGAGGAGAUCAUAUCGGAGUGCUACAUGACCGUUCAGGAAACACUUCCGUGAUUGCGCUUUUGGCUGGCCACGCGCCAAUAGUGUCGUAUGUCUUAUAUUACAUAGAUCACCACGCAGAACAGCACUAUGGAC